AUGUCCUUCAUCGACGAUGAUCUUCGCAGGGUGGAUGCCGCCUUGGAUAAGUUCCAACUCAGGGACGCCGAAGACCGAGCCGCCAGCUUCGCUGUCACUGGACAACAUGCGAAAGCCGAAGACGACCCUCGAAGCUCUCAGUUGAAGGCUGUCAUCCGAGCCCUGUCUACAACUUCGAGGUCCAAGCCGUUGCUGCGCCGAACAAGAGUGCGGAGCCUACUGUCUCAGCUUGCGAAAAAGGAUGAAGGGCAGGCGACCACACAGACAACUUCCCCUGACGUCUUGAACUUGGAAUGGGUGGCUACGGGGAAGGCAACUGUCCAAGUGUACGGACAGAUACUGGACUCCCUUUUAGAUCGCACCAUACCGCUGAGCGAGUCUAUCUGGUAUUGGGACGAUCUGUUGGGGUCAUAUUCAAACAUUGCACUCUACACGAUCCAAACAUCCCCUCUCCGAUUCUGGAAACAGGCAAAGGAGGUUUAUGCCGAUGCCCGCCGAAGACUCAAUGAGGGUUCAGGACUCCGGGCUUCUGCACAGCGCGCCACCACUACUCUCACACAAAACUGGAGGGAGUUUUAUGGCCUUGUUCAAAAAAGUAUACAAGAACGGUCUCUCGCCCAAGCACAGACCAAGAUACUGUCUCCAUUCUCGAUAGCCCGGAUGGAAGCUCGUCGCAACCUCUCACAUAUUCGUGACUUAAGGAAGUCAAGCUCUGUGUCAAUCGGCCGACUGGUGCGUGAGUGCCUGGUGUUCGAAGGCCCACCGGAAGAUCGCAAGAUAGGGGCACUGCCGCAGAUGAUCGGGCAACAAGAGGAAGACUGGCAGACAACGAUCGCCAAAACUGUCUGCCUUCUUGACAGCAUCACAAGGACUCAACACGACGAGGACGAAUACAUGCCGGAUCCCUCUACGGCGUCUUCCGCUGAGAUGGCCGCGAUAUUGAUCAAGAUUCUCGACGAAAACCUCCCUAAACACGAGCAAGAUGCAAAUGUUCUGAGGUCGAAAUAUGGCAAACCAUCCCGACUCCUACGUUACUGGAUUCCUGCAGUAGCGCUUCUGUUGUCGGGAAGCACAAUCCUGCGGAUCGUUGCCAACCGGAGAGCAGAAAUUCUCCAAUGGUUCAGGGAACUGGGUCAGACAACCAUUGACUUCUGGACCAACUGGGUGGUUGAGCCCACCAAGAAGUUGAUCGGGACGAUCCGACACGAUGAGCAAAGUGAAAUUGCCAUACAGAGUCGAGAGAGUCUGAACGCCGACCGCGAGAGUCUCGAGCGCAUGGUGGUCGACUUCGCCGUGCAGCAUCCCGACAAUGGAAUCAAAUUGACCGAAACCCAGGUUACCGAGCUUAGGGCCAAGGUUAGAGAAGGGGAUCUCACCCCGGUUCUGAAGGCAUAUGAGCGAGAGAUGCAGAAUCCCAUCAAAAAUGCCAUUGCGGGCGACCUCAUUCGCACCCUGCUGAUCCAAGUGCAAAAAACCAAAGUCGAUGUUGAAGUUGCCAUUGGCGGGAUCGAUUCUCUGCUCAAGAGUCAAGAACUUCUCUUCGGCUUUGUGGGCAUUGCCCCUGGAGUUUUGAUCUCGUUUGGUCUGAUUCGGUGGCUGGGAGCCUCAUUUGGUGGUCGUAAGGGCUUGCAACAAGGCCAGAAAAAGGGCGAGGCCAUCCGACUGAUCAGGAACAUUGAUCGGACAUUGACCAGUUCGGACCUUGACGACGACGGUAUCAUCUCAGAAGAGAACCAUGGCCUUUUGCUUUGCGAAGCACACCUUCUGCGGCAGCGAGCGACUUUGGUGCUGCCAAGAAGUAUCCAGAGGGAAUUUCUCGAGGAUCUCGACGACCUGUUGGACGUCAAGGCCGGAGUACAUCGACAAAUCAAUGCAUUGAGGCGGCUUGAAUGGGCGUAUGCGAAAUGGCUGCGAUAA